AUGACCGCAUCGAAUCUUUUAUUGCAAUGUCUGCUGGGAAUGCAGUGUAAGGAUUUCGUGAUACUAGCAGCGGAUCAGAAUUGCACCCAAAGUAUCUUGGUCAUGAAGGAUGACGAAGACAAGCUGAUAAAAAUAUCCGAUAAACUCGUGAUGGGAGUGAACGGUGACAUGGGAGACGUCGCCCAGUUCAGUCAGUUCGUCUCCAAGAACCUGAAGCUGUACACCAUGAGGAACGGAUACCAGCUUGAUACCACGGCAGCUGUCCACUUUACACGGGUCAAUAUGGCAGAGGUGCUAAGGGCUGGGAAUCCAUACAUACUAAAUCUUCUGAUCGCUGGCUAUGACGACAAAGAAGGUGGUCAGCUAUACUCUAUGGAUUUCUUGGCUUCCUGUGUAAAGUUACCAUUCGCAGCCCACGGGUUUGGAGGACUGAUCAGUAUCAGCAUUCUGAACCAAUAUUAUAAGCCGAAUCUAACAGAAGCAGAAGCAUACGAGGUUAUAAAGCUAUGCGUAAGGGAAAUACACCGCCGGCUGUUUAUGAAUCUACCCAACUUUGGAGUUAAAACAAUAUCCAAAGAUGGCGUCAAAACCUUACCUACUAUAAGCCCCGCGUCGUUUGUGGGAAAGUGAUUUUUUACUGCACGAUUUCAGCAUCAACGACUAGUAAUAAUGUAUGAAUAUACAGAGCCGGUUACUCGUGUAACUGUUAGGGUCAUCAUCGAAACGGUCUUUUUAUGAUGAUCCUAUUUUGAUGAUGAUGAUAUUUGAGUCCCUGAUAACUGGUUGGACACUUAUUGAUAUACAUUUCCUUAAAUUAUUUCUCUGACAGAUUACAUACGUAUAUAGAAAAUUGAGAAUAUACAAAACGUAUGAGAAGCUUGCAAGAAUUUAUCAGCAAAUUAUGACUAACUUUUACUGUUCUUAACAAGAUUUUUAAAUCAUGGUUGAUCUAAUUCUUUCAAAGAGGAAUAAACUAGUUCUCUUAAA